AGGUUGACGCACAAAAAACACUGGGGUAGGGUUAGGGAAAGAUCACGGUUUGGGUUAAAAUGAUCACUCUCGCGAGAUCUUGCGCUUGUUUGGAAUUACCAUCUAGACACCACCGAAAGUCACUCGUGAGAAACAGUGGAAGGGCAUCAAUGAAACACACACAUAUAGGCAUAAACUGGGAUUAAUAUGCAUUAACCAAAGCUGUUGCAAUUCAUAAAACUAGCAGUUCGUUACACUGGAGGUCCGCGCUGGUCGCUGCCUAACGCCAGCUGAAGCAUGAUGCAUCCAGAACGGCCUAGAACAGGCUUCGCCCUGCGGAGACGACAGGCAGAUUCAGCCCCCCAGGGCACCCUGAGCACCGGCCUACUGCAGGGCCUCAUCCAGAGCGCCAGGCCUCUUUCCUUCUGCUUCCUGCUCCCCAGGGUCCAUGCAGCUGAUGUGGCUGCUGCCCAGCCUGCACAGAUGCCCUCUCCUUCCUCCUCCUCCUCCUCCUCCUCCUCCACCAGUCUUGCUCCUGCACCCAUCCCCACUCCCAGCACUGUGCCAAUCAACAUGGGCAAGCCAGAAUUCCCAGACACAGGAUGGGACCGCAUCAAGGACCUCUUUGAGAGAGAUGCCACACAUAAGUACCCAGAGGAGCUGACCAACGUGGUGAAGAGCGGGGUUGUCGCUGCAGUAGCAGGCCUGAUCUACGGAGGCCUGCCAGCAGCUCGCCAUGCCAGGAAGAGGUACAUCCAAGUCAGCCAGGCAGAAAUCUACAACAGUCGUGUGGAAGCAGUGCGCUCAGCCCAUAACGCAGCUAUCCGAGGUUUCUUGAGAUACGGAGUGAGAUGGAGCUGGAGAGUGGCCGUAUUUGUCACCUUGUUCAAUUCUGUCAGCACAGGUCUGUCUGUGUAUCGAGAUAAGUACGCCCUCAGCCAUUACGCAGCCGCUGGAGCUGUGACUGGAGGCCUUUUCAGACUGAACCUGGGCCUGGGAGGGCUGGUGGCAGGGACCAUCAUCGGAGCAGUGCUGGGGAUUCCCACUGGUGCUUUGAUCAUCAGCAUGCAGUCGCUGGCAGGAGAAACGGUCCGAGAGAGGAGGAGGAGAGAGCGCAGGGAGCUUUAUGAGCUCAGACUCGCAGAAUGGACGGCCCGUCUGCAGUUGACAGACGAGUUGAUCAGCGAUCUGAACGUCAGCUCUCAGGCAGAGGAAACCAGUAAGGACAUGCAGAGGAUCCAGGAACUGCUCAGUUUACCGCAGAACGAGGAUGUCGCUCAGGACUCAAAGAGCCAGCGACAGUAGCUGCCUUACUGCCUGUUAUCUGUCGGACAUUUGAAGGUGGGACUUCACACACCUCUGAGGAUAAAUGGGCCACUCUCUUGCCUGGACUUCACACAUCUUCUCUCUAACUGAAUGGAAACUGCUUCAUAUCUGAAUUCAAAGACACUGUUGUUGUUUCACCAACUACUGAAAAUAUGCCCUUGAGAGACAAUGGUUAUACUGGUUGUUGAGUAGCUACGAUAGGUGUGUGUGUGAAACAGGUUGUCAUUGGGGGGCAAACAGAGAAUACAUCAGCAAAAUUUUACAUCAAGUCUUUCACUGAAUGUGAAGACCACAUUGACAUUAUAUGGCUGCUAAAACAGGUCUUGAUUUUAAUUUAAAACAGUGUUUCAUUCAAAUUUAACUCCUGAUCAAGAUGAACUUGUUAGAGCAUAGAGGAAAAAAGAUUGACAUGUCUUCCAGGUAUCAACAAAGUCCAUACUGUCAUUGGGAUUAUUAAUCUUAAAGUGGACUCCAUGUGGAACACCUGUCAAUGGUGGUCAAAUAUUUUUAGAUUGUUUGUCCAUAUAUAUAUUUCUGUGUGACAGAAAAUACACGGUGAUGACGCACAACAAAUGUGAUCCAAAGUCAAAAUGACAAGUUGCAAUUGUGUGAUAUACAACCUAAUAAAACGUCCUCACUUGAUCUCAA